AUGGCUGCCUUCAAAUACAACACUGUAAAUUUCAUAUUUUCCGUUUCUUAUUUGAUUUUUAUAUUCUCCGCCCAUAGUUCCAAGGCGGAGCUCCGGAGACUACAGCAGCCGGCGAAACCCGAUGGUACGCUAAGCUUUCUCGUCGUCGGAGACUGGGGAAGAAGAGGCUCCUUUAAUCAGUCCCACGUAGCUCUUCAGAUGGGAGAAAUUGGAGAAAAAUUAGAUAUUGAUUUUGUUAUUUCUACCGGCGACAAUUUUUACGACAAUGGAUUAACUGGCUUGCACGAUCCUGCAUUUCAAGAUUCUUUCACCAGCAUUUAUACCGCGCAGAGCUUGCAGAAACCUUGGUAUUCUGUUUUAGGAAAUCAUGACUAUAGAGGUGACGUCAGGGCACAACUUAGUCCAAUGCUCAGGGCUUUGGACAAGAGAUGGAUUUGCAUGAGAUCUUUCGUUGUUGAUGCUGAGAUCGUCGAUUUUUUCUUCGUCGACACAACUCCGUUCGCUGAUAAAUACUUUGUCCAACCAAAUGAGCACGUUUAUGACUGGAGAGGCGUCUUACCCAGACAGACAUAUCUGGACAAUCUCUUACAGGACGUGGACGUGGCAUUGAGAGAGUCAUCUGCAAAUUGGAAAAUAGUGAUUGGGCACCACACAAUCAAAAGCGCAGGCCACCACGGGAACACCAUUGAGUUGGAGAAGCAGCUUUUGCCUAUUCUCUACGCGAAUGGAGUGGAUCUCUACGUAAACGGGCAUGAUCAUUGCUUAGAGCAUAUUAGCAGCGCGGACAGUAAAAUACAGUUUAUGACGAGUGGAGGUGGAUCAAAGGCGUGGAAAGGUGACGUGAACCAAUUGGAUCCACAAGAGCUGAGGUUUUACUACGACGGACAAGGAUUCAUGUCGGUUCACAUCUCGGAAACUGAACUGCGUGUCGUUUUCUAUGAUGUUUCUGGCCACAUUUUGCAUCAUUGGAAGACUUACAAGGAUGAGCUUUAUUUCGCUUCUUACUGA